AUGCCUCGGCACGCCUUCCGCCUCCCCUCGCUCCACCGCCUCAACACCAAGGACCUCGCCGCACCACCCACGGCAAUCUCCACCACCACGACCACAACCUCCACCACCGCCAGCACCGGCGCAUCCCACUACCACACAGCAUCCGGCUCGUCCACCUCGACCUCAUCAGGCUACCACCACCAAGCCUUCACCACGCCCCCGACCAGCAGCCACGCCAACACGCACGACUCGACGCUCUCGCCGUCGUCGACGACGUCGUCGGACUGCAGCACGAGCACGAACUCGAGCUCGUCGUCGUUUUCGCGCAUCCGCAGCCUGCUCGCCCUGCGCCGCAAGCAGUCGCGCAUCCACAUCGAGCGCGAGAUCGCCGACGAGUGCGCGCUGUUUGGGAGCGGCGGGAGCGGCGUGCUGAAUGUGAUGGAGCCGCGGCCGGGGGUGGCGAGGGUGGAUGGCGGCGCGGGGGGCGUGGUCAUGGGGGGGAUUUUUGAGGUGUUGGGGGGUGGGAGUCGUUGA